UUAUGUUGUAGGCCUAUAGUUUCGCCAAAUAAACUUCUUCCACAGAUGAUUUGAACUUUAGUGACUUAAAAUGGCUGGGAGUUCGAAGGAAAUUGUUCUGGACAACAAAGAUAUUGAAAUAGUCAAAGUUCACAUCUCAGGGCUGGUGAAAACAAAGUCCGAUUAUGUAUUGGAUGACAUUAAACCUGUGUUUGGGUCGAAGACGUUCCUCGAUGCUUAUCAACAAUCUUUGUUUUGUCGUGAAAAGUUGAUGUCGCGUGGAAUAUUUAAGGAUGUUGACGUUGUUAUUGAUACAACUGAUGGUUACGACAACGCACCAGAUAACGGGGUACAAGUUGUGUUUAAUGUCAAGGAAAGAAACGGGGUUGUUGGUUCAAUAAGCACCGAGAUGUCGAACACGGAACGUCCUCGAUGGGUGGCAAGGUUGUUGUCGCCAAAUUUGUUUGGACGAGGAGAAACAUUAUCGACCGACAUCGCGCAUCAGCUCAACUCAACAACGGGGAAUCAUUUGUACCAACCAACGGAUUUCAGCGCUACGUUCAUGAAACCAAUGCGGGGGUCGAGUGUGAAGCUUCGACUUUUGCAGGAGAAACAAGAUUGUUAUUGGUCGUCGUAUGGAAUGACCAUUAGAGGGGGCGAGGUGGGGGUCGAGGGAUCGGUUAAGGGGAAUACCCAUCGCUUAUCAUGGGUUGGUCACUGGAGGGAGCUUUUGUGUUUGAAUCGAAACACAGCGUUUGACGUUCGGGAGCAAAUGGGGCAUUCAUUGAAGUCGUCGAUUAUCCAUUCAAUGACGAUGGAUCGUGUUGAUGAUGUCAUAUUACCCAUGAGAGGGGGGUUGGUUAAGAUGGAAGAGGAAGUGGCGGGGGUCGGGGGGGAUGUGUCGUUUAUUAAGGAGACUAUGGAAGCAAAAGUUGCGGCUACGAUAUUCGAUAAAAUAACUUUCGUUGCUUCGAUGCAUUGUGGGGUAAUGGUGGGGUGGAGGGGGGUGUCGGUAUGCGAUAAGUUUUUUAUCGGGGGCCCACUCACCCUACGUGGGUUCGAACUCAAUUCAGUUGGGGCUAGAAGUGGGGGUGACUACCUGGGGUCCGGGGCUUUCUGGUUGAGUGGUUUGCAUAUCUACACCCCGCUGCCUUUCUAUUGGUCGAGGUUUGGGGGCGGUUCAUGGUUGGAUAACUUCCGCACCCAUGCCUUUGUUAACGGGGGAAACUCAUUUGAUGUCAACAUUACCGAAUCAGCUGGUGCUAAUUUCAACGCAGCAACGAACAAUGUUCGGUUGUCAUGCGGCAUCGGGCUUGUUUAUAAAUUCAUGAACUCAGCGAGAAUUGAAUUAAAUUUCUGCGUUCCGUUAAGAAAUGUUCCAACCGAUAAAGUUGUUAAUGGUUUACAAUUUGGUAUCGGAGUAACUUCUGUUUGAUUAUGAUGUCAUAACCUGUUCUAUUAUUUACCGAUUGUGAUGUUUUAAUUAAUUUGUUGCGUAACAAUUGAUGAAAAUAAAACAAUUAUCGAACAAAG